AUGGUGCAGAACCUUGGCUGGCUGGCGCUGAUUGCCUCGAUCGGCGAUGGGCAACAAGCUGAUAUGCUGGACUUUCUGCGCUUUGAAACCUGCAGCAGCCUCGGCAGCGUCUUUUGCUCCGCCCCCAGGCACAAUCCCGUCUGGGGCGCCAUCUAUCUUCUCCGAGGUCAAGUUUCUGUCCAAUUUCAGAACUCCUGUCACCAACGCCGCCAGGAAAUCGAGAAGGAAGAAUCCUCUGAUCGCCGCCACGAAGCAAUGGAAAUCGUCAAGGAGGGCCCGGAUGCGCGAGAGUGGUAUAUGCAAAACCAUGACGACUUUAAUUGA